AGAUAGUGAUACUACCAGUAGGAACGAGUGGAGAAAGAGCUGUUUGUUGUAAACAUUGAGGUGUAAACAUAAAUACCAACGAAGCGAUUUGGUUGAUAUAGUGUUCAUUAUCAUAUCUAAUUCUGAUAUUGUAAUUAGUUUCUACAGCAUGGGCGCUUUUCUUAAGUGACGAUCUUGCCGCAUAACUUUACUGCAUGUAGUGCAGAACGGGAAAGUGAGGUUGCGGGCGAGGGCGGGUGGAGAUCCCGGCCAGUGACGGGGGUCUGGCCGCCAUGUCCUGCGUUGUGGUACUCGGACUCAGCUGCAGCUGGAAACAGGGAUGAACACACGAAGUGUUUUGCCCAGAAAUAAAAUGCAAGUUUUCGUUCCAAGUGAAUGGUGUAUAUUCCAUUUUUUCAAGUAUUAAGUGUGCUUCAGGAAAGAACCGUUGGUUUAUUAUAUUUGUCACAAUAGUAACUGCUUUGCUGGGAAAACAACAAAUAGCUAUCAAGUGACAGCUAUAUACACGUGCAUCAUGCUGCCCUUAUCUGUAUGCCAGCAAAAUGUCAGAUUACCAGAUGUAUUCAACCAGUGAUUACAGAGACAUUAGUGUACUUCGAAAGUGACUCUAGCAAUACUCAGCAAUGAGUGAGCAUUGCAGUAUGGUUGCAAAAAAGAAGAGAGCUCAAACGGAAAUUGAUAAUACCUCCACUUCAGAAAUAACAGUAAGAAAAAGGGUACGGUCAAAUGAAAAUGCUGGGAGUAGUGCAGUUGUACCAAAAACUAAAGAAUCGUCAAAAACUGUUACCAAAUCUAAAAAAGGCACAGUGUCUAAAGAUAAGGUGGAAGAUCUAAUUGAAAGGGCUGAGGAGGAGUAUGUCGAUGAUGUGCGUACUCAUAACAACAACUCAGUUUUAGCUGAUGAUGAUAUUCCCGAUUGGCCAGAAGCAGAUUUAAUGGAAUUAAUGAAACGAAUGGAAAAUAACAUCCCCGCUAAGGAUAAUUUGCGUUAUGAUUCCCGAGCAGAGAAACUAAACUGGGAUGAGAUUAGCUUUGGUAAUUAUUCUGCUGGCGAAUGUAAGGAAGUGUGGUUUAAAAUUCAGAAACGCCUAAGAAGGUUUCGAAUUUUGAAGGAAUUGUUGGAAGAUGCAAAAACAUGGGUUUCAAAACCAUGGACACAUUUUUAUCGAAGCCAACGACAGAAUCGCCACCCAGACUUGCCUCGAAGACCUCUGUCGACGUAUAUGCUUUUCUAUUUAGAAAAAAAAGACAAAGUUGCAAAAGAUAACCCUGGCCUUGAAAUGACAAAUGUUUCUAAAUACAUUGCUGAACUUUACAAUAAGCUGCCAGCAAAGAAAAAGCAGAAAUAUAUUGAUAUGGCGGCUGCCCAGAAGAAAGAAUAUGAAGAAAAAAUGGAGCAGUUUUACCAGGAACACCCUGAACUUGUGCCAAAAGCUGUUGCUCUGAAGGAAGCAAAAGCAGCCAAUGCAGCCUCCAAUCCAGAACCAGGGCCUAAAAAGCUUCAGACUCCUUUCAAGCUUUUCUGUAAUGAGAAGUUGAACCAGCAUAAAAAUGAUCCUGGCUUUGAUAGAACAGCUGUACUGGAAAGCUGCAAAGAGCAAUGGCGUGACAUGUCAGAGAAGAAAAAGAUUGUUUGGAUUGAUUGGGCACUUGAAGAAGAGGCGAAGUAUCAGGAAGAAAUAAGAGCUUAUGCUGCUGAAAAUCCUGAAUUUGUUCCACCACCUAUAAAAUCUGUGCUUACAAAGGAAGAGACUGCAUUGAAAGAACGUAUUGCCGGGAAACCAGAGAAACCGCCAACGUCUGGUUACAGUUUAUUUUCACGUUUGAUGCUUGUCAGCCCAGAUAUGAAGAAAGUACCACCAAAAGAGCGCAUGUCACAGGUUUCUCGAAUGUGGAAGAGUCUUACAAAUGAUCAGAAGAAAAAAUAUAAAGAACAAGUAUUACAUAUGCUAGAUCAGUACAAGCUGGAGUACGCAAGUUACCUAGAGUCACUUUCUGAUGAGAAACGGCAAGAAGAACUUUCUAACUGUGCACCAAAGAAAAAGUUACCUCCAAAAAAUAAAAUAGGAAAGAAGGUAGUAAAGAAAAAACCCAAACCAGAAGAAGAAAAUAGCAAGUUGUUCAAAGGGGAACCAGAACCACCUCCACUGAAUGCAUACCAGUUAUUCCUAAAGGGCUUUAUGGCUGAUGCUUCUCACAUCCCUUUGGAAAAUCGUGAGAAAGAAGCUCCUCGGUAUUGGCAGAUGCUCCCAGCAGCUGACAAGGAAAAACACCGAAAGAAGCUCAAUGAUAUCAAGCAGAAAUACAUAAAAGAUUAUGAAAAAUUUCUUAAGGGUUUGUCUCAAGAGGAGCUGAAAGAGUACUCUAUGCAGAAGGCAAAGUUAAAACAGACUGAAGAUGCCCAGUCAUCAGAAGAUUCUGACACAGACGAUGGCAGCAAAGAAAGUGAUGGUUCAGAAAAAGACUCAGACUCUGAUGCAAAUUCAUCAUCGGACAGUGAUAGUGACUCUGAUGAUUCAAGUGACUCAGAUAGUGAUGCUGAAAAGACAAAGGGAAGUGAUGAUUCAUCUUCUAUGACUUCUUCAAGUGAUAGUGAUUCAGAGUGAUCUCUUGACUUCAUCACUGUGUGUAUAUGAAGAUUUGAGACUGAAAGGGGUUUUAUUAAAAGAAAGGAAGAGAAAAAUUUCUGUAUGGGCCAGACUGGUGCUGUGGGGCAGAUUUAUGUCCCAGCUACAGAAUGUUUAACAAGAAAUAUAUUACAUUGCUUGAAAGCACAGCAGUGUCAAACUUAGAAUUAUAUUUUGUAACUAGACUGGUUGCUUGCUGUCAGUUUAGUCCCUCUAACCAUGUAACUUCCUACCAUGGUACAUUCCACAGCAGAGAAAUGAAAACAUGGAAUUUUAUGAAAAAGUGUUUAGAUAUAACUUUUUUUAAAUAUUUGUGAAGCAAAAAGAAAAUUUAACUGUUCUGUAAAUGGAAAUAUGUACAGUGCACCAACUUCAUAAAUGGCACACAGGACAGGAUUUUUGCUACCUGUACUCAAUUGUCAUUAAUGACUUUCACUAACACAACCUAGCUCACUCAGGCUAAUGUUAUUUACCUUGAGAAGGAACAGUGAUGUGUUCUGUAAAUGUUCACAAAAAUUAUGUGAGAGACUGGAACUUUGUAGGUGGAAGCUCUUCUUGACAAUGUAUAUUGUCUGUUUUUCCACCUAUCUGCAAAUUCUUAGUCAAACUUUUGUGACCCUUUUUUUAUCCCAUCUCUCCUCUGUUCUGCUUUUUAUCCUUUUCCUCCUGUCUCACUUUUUUCUGUUUUUUGUUACCAGUAACUGAUUAUCGUGCCUGCAUCUAGUUUCUCCCUCUUUAAACCCCCUUGUCAUUUCAGAAUCUGUAGGAUGCCUCUACCUACAAGAAAUUUUUGUUAAUUAGGUGAUUGCCUUGUCCCAUUAAUUACUACUAUUAUUUUGCCUCUGUUACUUAGAAUAAAAUUUAUUCUACAUCAUUCUCCAUCCAGGGCGGUCUUCACCCUUACAUUAUCCUUUGAUUAGGUUACAAUUAUUUAAAGGAUCUUUGGCUUUUAAAUGUUGCUGUCAGUCAUCAACUUUUUUUAUAAAUAUUGUUGUUUCAUAUAUUUUUAAACAUUUUUAUUGCUUUAUAUUUUCCUAUUUCUUCUGUGUAUCUUCUUGUGAGAAUCUAAUUUUAUGUUUUGUAAACAUUUAAACCACUUGGCUAUUUUAAAGUGUAUAGUAAGACUGAUGCGUACAAAUCUGACCGAGAUGUGCAUCAGUGUCUUUACCUGGAGUGAAGGCUGAAUAUCUCGGAUGCUCCAUUACCUAAUAAGUAAAUGGAAAUUUGUGUAUAUUGUCUGUCAUAAAAGAAUAUUCUCUAAGUCAGUGACCUAUUUUUAUUUACCAAUUUUGUAAUUGUCUUGUAUAAAUUAUUGUAUGUUAGAUGUAAAUAUUUAAUGGUACACUUCUGAAGUGCAUUGUAAUAGUUGGUAACUGAUAUGCUGAAUUCAAGUACAAAUCACUUUAUGUCUAAUUUCUGUAUAUUACUUCUGUUUACUUUCAUGUCAUAAAAAUAUUUCUAAGAUGUAUGUGUUGUAUAAGGAAUCACAAGCUUUUGUCUUAAAGCAGCUGUAAAAAGGAGAUAUAAUUUAACGUUCAUCAGGCAUAGUUUCUUUUAUUUAUUAUAUUAGGGGCACAAUUUUUUUCUAUAAUAAAGUGUUUGUGUUUUAGCUGACCUCCUUUACUAUUCAUUUUGGAAUUUUUAAAGUGAUUUAAUGGAUAUGCUAUAAGAAUGGAUCAAGUGAGGCACAAAACAGAACUGUUCUAAACAACAUUCAUGACUUCAAAAUGUUAAUUUUUUUGGUCAGGGAAUUGUAAUUACAAUCUCAUAUAUCUUCAUAUGUCGAAACACUGUACUAAGCAUUUUAGUAAGUGGCAUUCUAGCUACAACGAAAACAGGAUUAUUCUAAAACAAAAAGUUUUCAUUGAAAUACAUUUUUAUGUGGUUGUGUGUUGUAUUAUGAUGUGAGUUCAUCUCUCUUACAUGUUUGACAGCACUGUGGCCUAAAUACUGUAAGCUUAUUUCUGCAGUCUCUGUUGGAAUAUGCUGAAAAAGCAUCAUAAUAAUUCCAAAUCUGAAUUUAAAUAUUCUUACCAGGUGUUUGUAAAGCUCUAGAUGUCUCAACAAAGUGGUUCAGGGACAAAACAAGAGACAGCUGGAGUUGCACAGUUCUGGGAAAAAAAGGAUAUGUGAACACUGCAAAUGUCUUAAAUCUGUAUUUUUGCCCCAUUGCUGGUAUUAAAAAAAUAUUUUUUGCUGGGCUAUUAAUUGAUUUUCAGAAGAAUAAUGUUCAUUUACUGUAAUGGUUUGAACAUGGUGAUGAAAUUACAGCAUAUUAGCUCUGAGAUUUGAAAUAAUUUUUACCAGCCCACCAGAAAGCAGAGAGGAAUUACUUAUUUUGUAGGCUGCCGCCUCCCUCACCCUUUAUCUCUCUCUCUCUCUCUCUCUCUCUCUCUCUCUGUGUGUGUGUGUCGGGGGGGGGGGGGGGGGGCGAGCAAGCGCGCAUGGUUAUAUGUAUAGAUCAAAUGGGUUGAAAUAUUCAGUUCCCAUUAAUUACAUAUUUUCUCCACCCAUCCUUUUUUCAUGUGAUUAUGAAUUAGUUUUGUGUACCUGCUUGCAUGUUAAAUGGCAGUUGGUGUGAAACUAGCACUGCUUCCGGAAGUGUUUUCAGUUACCAUUUUGUUCCUAGAAUUGUACAUGUACUUUCAAAACACUCCUGUUGCCAGCAGAAAUAAUAAUAAGGUAGUUUCUUGGUGUAUAAUGUGUGUAAUGUGGCAUUUCAUAAAUGCAGCAUACUCAGGGUUAUUAAAAUAUAAAUUGUUUAUUUUCUGCUACCUGAUUCUCCUUCUCCAUAUUUGCCAUUGCAGAAAAGAGCUUUUCAGCCCCAAAAAACAUUUGUUUAGGAGUCAGAUCCGUCCAUUUCAAAGUAGGCAGCAAUUAAAAGAUUUGUGCUGAUACUUAUUUGAAUAUUGUCCGUACUUUUUAUAUAACUAAUCAUUUCUGCUAUUUUCAUCAUUGGAUUUUUCUAAAUACACUUAAUGUAAUCAUUUGACAUCACUUCUACUUUUGGACUGUAACAUUUCCACUGUUUCUAAUAAACUAUAAACCAGAAUAUUUUCGUAAGUCACUGUUUUGAUGAUUAGAUUAUGUAAAAGGAAUGAAGUUUACCCAUUUUACAUGUACUGACAUUAAUUGUUAUUGCAAAAGACUUUCACUUGGGAAUCUCUGUGGCAAUUAGCUGCAUUAUACUUUGUAUCAUUUGUUAAUGCGGAUAACAUAAUUUUCAUUGUCUUUGGAUUAAUGUUUACAUCCACAGAUCACCAUAAUCAUAUCCCUGGAUUUACUUCUAGGCAACAUCAUUGGGAAAAAAUACAUUAGUGACAAUGCUUAAGUGAACAGAAAUAGAUAGUGCCACCACUGAAAGAUCAUAUAUGGUUGUUUCCUUUAUACACAGUGAAACAAGUUGUAGUAACAGUUAUGCUUCAGUAACUUUAUGGUCACCCAUUUUCUUCUCUGUACAGGUUGGGGAAAAAUUACUAAACCUUCAAUAACAUAUUAAUUAUGAGAAUUGUCCAUGUGUACUAAAUGUGUGUUCGGUAUUCUUAGCCUUUGUUUCAACUUUCUCUGUAUUCAGCUUCUCCUUUCUGCCAAAUCGACACUUUCAUUACAGCGUUAAUAGACCAGCCCAUGUGGUUGUUAAAAAUGUACCAAAUUGUGAAAGACCCACUAAAGAAAUCCGUGGAGUGGUGCACUGCCUAUGGCAACUAAGUUAGAGUAGUUUGAACUGACUGUUUAUUACAGAUUGCUUUGUGAACGUAUUUUAUGAAAAUAAAAUCUCAUGAAUAAAGAUUAUUGAUUAUAAAAACAAAAA